AUGAAGGAGAUGGAAGCCCAGAUCCGGGUGCUGAAGUCCAGGAAAGCGCCCGGCCCGGACCAGGUGUGCACCGAGCACCUGCGGCAUCUCGGCCCCACAGCCAAGGCCGUACUGCUGCGCCUGAUAAACCAGACCUGGGCAGACGCCACCAUACCAAGCGCGUGGCGGAGGGCCACCAUCAUCCCGAUUCUGAAGACCGGCAAGAACCCACAGUCCGUGACGUCAUACCGCCCGAUAGCCCUCACCAGCCACGUGGCAAAACUGGCAGAACGGAUGGUCGGCGCUCGACUCAGCCAGAUCGCCGAAGCGAGGAACCUGAUUCCUGCCGAACAGGUGGGCUUCCGGCGCGGAAGAUCGGUGGAGGAGAACCUCGGCCGCCUUGUGCAGACCGUACAGGACGGCUGGAACCGACCCCGCCCCGCCGGUCGCCCUACCGAGGGGAAGACGGCGGAGAAGUUCGCGCUGGUAGCGUACGACUUCAGUAGAGCCUAUGACAAGAUCGACCACCGCAUGCUACAACUUAAACUGCUUCGUCUCCAGCUCCCACUAUGCAUGGUAAACUGGAUCUUCCAGUUCCUCCGUGACCGACGCGCCAGGGUGGAAGUGAACGGCUGCCUCAGCGAGGAGCGCCCCUUCAGAGCGGGCCUCCCUCAGGGUUCGGUCCUGGCACCGACCCUGUACACCCUGUGGUCGGCCGACCUGGUGAGCGACCUGAGGAGCGUCCCGGGUACCAGCGUAUUCAUGUACGCCGACGAUACCGCCACACUGAGCGGUAGCUGCCGGAUGGAGACGGCAAGAGAACGAGCCCAGAUCGCAGCUGACACGAUGGUCAGGUGGGCCAACAGGUGGAAGAUGGUGAUCGCCGGGGAGAAGACCCAGGCCCUGGUCCUCUCCCAGUGGUCCCAUGACGCCAAGGACUUCCAGAUCAAGGUGGCCGGAACAUCGGUCAAAGGAUCCCCGCACCUGAGACUCCUAGGAGUCACCUUCGACAGACUCCUCCACUUCGGGGAACACUGCAAGAACCUGCGCCGGAAAGUGAAGCCCAGGACGGCUCAGCUGAGGAAGCUGACCGGUCGCAGCUGGGGCCUCCAGGAGGCGCAACUACGGACCGUUGCCAACGGGUACGUUCGGGGCGCCCUGGAGUACGCGGCAGCAGCGUGGCUCCCGGCGGUGUCUGAAGCUCACGUCGAGCUGAUCGAGCGGGAGCUGCGAGCGGCGGCCCGUGCGGUCACUGGCUGCACGGCCUCGACCCCGACCGCGCCGCUGAUGGCUGAGGCCGGCAUCCCGCCGGCGCGAGUACGAUGCCCGGCGCUGGCCGCCCGCAUGGUGGGCCUGGCCGCCUCGCUGCCCGGCGACGACCCGCUCCACGCCGUCGGGGACAUGCACGUCGCGCCCCGCCUGAGGACGACCACCGGAUGGCGUGACGUCGGCCACCGCGCCCUGGCUUGGACAGGCGCGGCCGACGUCAAAGUGGAAGGACGCCCUACAAAGACUAUCCCACCGUGGGACCACCAUGGAGAAGCCGUGACGUUCUGCCUGGACGUCGGCCCCGGCGGCCAGAGAGCGGCCCCUGCGCACAUACGGAGGGGAGCGGCAGAGGCCACAUUGGAACAUCUGCCGCCCCGCGCCACCUGGAUAUGGUCGGACGGCUCGGCGGAGGGAGGCGUCUCCCAAGGCGGGGGCGGUGCCACCAUCACCUUCCCGUCGGGAGAGACUCGGGAGGUCCGAGUCUCAGCGGGCCAGCUCUGCUCCAGUACGCGGGCAGAGCUGUGUGCCCUGAAGGCGGCCCUGAACGCCAUCCGAGACGCCGACGCCGACAUCGCAGACGACCCAAUAGUCAUCUGCACCGACUCCCAGGCCGCCCUGAGGAUGCUGGAGAGCGGCGCCCCCUCCCAGACGACUCACCUAGGGAUCUCCAUCUGGGAGGACCUACUCGCUCUCUCCAGCCGAGGGUCACCGAUCCGCCUCCAGUGGGUCCCGGCGCACUGCGGCCUGCGGGAAAAUGAGAGGGCCGAUGAGCUGGCCAAGGAGGCCUCCGGCCUACCCCAGGAGGCAGCAGCAACAGACGUGAGGACGCUAACGAAGGCCGUCGCACGCUGCGCCUCCCACCGCUGGCGGCAGGAAUGGCCGUCCAGCUUCUUCAAGGACAUCAUGCGGGACCGUAUGCCGGCUCCGCUCAACAACCUCGACCGGGAUGCCGCCGUCAACGUCCACCAGCUGCGGGCCGGGCACUGGGGUCGCUCGGAGCAGUAUCUGCACCGUAUCGGGCGGCGCCCCAUCCCGACCUGCCAGCAGUGCAACCUCAAGGCGUGCCCCGCAGCCCGCUGCAUCGUGUGCAGAGAGGGUGCCGACACUCCGGAGCAUGUGUUGCUCAGGUGCCCGUGCCUGGCCGGCGCCCGCCUGCGACUGACGGGCAACAUCCACAUCCGACCAGAGCAGCUGAAGGACGGCGAGCUGGUGGCGGCCUUGGCCGCCGGCUACCUCCGCCACAAGGAGCCCCUCACGGGGUUACAGGCCGGCCCCAGCCGGCCCUGA